AUGAACGGUGCUCUGGCUUUCCGGCCCCUCGUGGCCAAGCAGGCCCGCGUAGUGGCUGGCCGCAGGCAGCAGGCGCGGCGUGCGCCGGUGCGCGCGGUCGCGGAGGCGGACUCGGAGCUCUACGCGCAAUUCGAUGCUCUGUUGAACGACUUCGACUUCAACAUCAAGGCGGGGGACAAGGUGUCGGGGCGAGUGUUUCGGGUCGAUGCCAAGGGGGCGCACGUCGACGUGGGGGGCAAGGGCGCCGCGUUCUGCCCCACGGCCGAGCUUUCGAUGAUGAACGUGACCGAGGCUUCGGAAAUCGUGCAGCCCAACACGACCCGUGAGUUCGUCGUCGUCCGCGACGACCUCGCUGACGGCACGCUCAUCCUCUCUCUCAAGAGGCUCGAGCAGGAGGUCGUCUGGCAGCGCCUGCGUCAGAUUCAGGAGGAGGAGGUCAUCGUGGCCGCGAAGGUCAUCUCGAGCAACCGCGGCGGCCUGCUCGUGGACGUCAUGGGGGUGCGGGGCUUCCUCCCCACCUCCCAGCUCUCGCCGCAAUACUCCAAGGCCGAGAUCAUGGGCCAGGAGGUCCCCGUCGUCAUCAUGGACGUCGACGAGUCCCGCACGCGCCUCGUCGUGUCGAACCGCAAGGCGCUGCAGGAGGAAAUGAUGAACACGGGCGACGUCAGCCCGGGCGACGUCGUGCUCGGCACCGUGCAGAACGUCAAGCCGUACGGCGCGUUCAUCGACAUGGGCGGCGUCUUCGGGCUCCUGCACAUCUCGCAGAUGUCGUCCGAGCUCAUCCCCAACAUCAACAACGUCGUCGCGCCGGGCGACAAGAUCAAGGUGAUGAUCCUGGGCUUCGACAAGGACAAGAACCGCUUCGCGGUGACCACGCGGAAGCUCGAGCCCGCGCCGGGCGACUUCAUCCGCAACCCGCAGCAGGUGUUUGACCGCGCCGAGGAGAUGGCCAAGCAGUUCAAGCAGCGGAUUAGCGCCGCGGAGGGGACCGCGGAGGCCGCGGAGUAG